GCUUCUGGAAGCAACUCACCAUUCUCAGAGGAGGAUAUUGAGAUGAUUGGUCACCUUGUAACAGCCAUGACAUCCGAUGAAAUCAAAGAUCAAUUACCAGCUGGGGAAGUCGCCAAGAAAGCACUCAAAUUUUUAGGAAAACGUUGUUUGAAAAAAGAUGUUUCAACAAUUGUUGUUGACAAAAUCAAAGAUUCAGAUGCUUAUGGUCCACUAAGUGAGAUGACAGAAGCAGAUGUUGAAGAGUUGGAGGAUGUCGUCGCAAAUUUGCCAAAGUCUGAUCUUGACGAAAUCCCUGAUGACAAACUGGCUAGACUGUGUGGGGGAUACAUUGACCAGCUAGAGCCUAGUGAUUCUGAAGAGGCUGAGGCUCGUGUCUUAAAGGAACGUGACAUCUCAGAUGAGGACCGCAAUUCCUGUAAGGACCGGGUGAAGGCAUUUAAGCAAAGGUGCCAGGAGGCAAUUGUUGGAACAAUCUCUGUUGAUCCAUCACGUAGACGACGCAGAGAUGCAAGUACCUGGACAUGUCCUGAUAUCAAACAGAUGGGGGAGGGUAUAACAGAAUCAUCUGAUGAGGAGCUUAAAGAUAUCUUAACUGCUGUAUUGGAAGAGUGUCUGCCUGACCUAGGUUCUAUAAAUGGAUGGUCCGAGGCACAGAGAUCACUGCUCCUUGAAAAGAUUGAAGCAGAUCUAGCUAGUGACGACAUCUGUGGUUUAGGUGAGUUACAACUUCUAUCACUGAACCAACUAUCCUUGGCCUUAACGACUGACCAUAUUGCAUGCCUGGACUUGACAAGUGAUGAUGUUGCAAGUCGACUUGGUGGCCUCUCGGGUUGGAGCACUGAUCAAUUGAAUGCCUUGGCAAAUAGAUUCAAGUCUCAACGUUCAAUUAGUAGUGGAAGUGACAUCACAAAGGACCAUCUAAGCAUAAUGCAACACUUUGUGUGCGGUUUGAGUGCAGCUGAGAUUGAGGCUAUACCCACUGCAGAAUUCAAGUCUUCUACUGCUGUACUGGGGAGUUUGAAGACAUGUCCUUUGGCUCAUCUGAAGGCUAUGAAACGUCGUAUAAUCCAUACUGACAUAAAUGGCCCUGUGUCUGGCUGGGACGUUUCUGUACUUGCUGAUGCUGGCAUUAUUGCAGCUGGUAUUGAUGAUUGCGAGGUAAAGGCUCUGUCCAAUGAAACACUGAAUGGUCUCCAGUCGUCAGCUCUGAAGCACAUGCCCAAGGAAGUACUACAGGCAAUGUCUGCUAGCCAGCUGGAGUCCCUAGAUGAGGUGCAGGUUAAUGCUGUAUCCAGCACUGAGGGCUUAAGUGUUGCCCAGCGUAAUGCUCUCCUGAUAGCUGAGUAUGGGGUCAAUGCAGAGCUUAUAAAAGAGAAUGAGGGCACAUCGGGUGUGCCCGAAGUAAUAGCAAGCUUUUCUCUUGUGUUUGUAUUGCUGAUUGCACAAUUUGCAUAAAUCUGGACACACAUGGAUGGAGGGAAAUAGUAAGAAUAGGAAAACACUAUCACCAUUUGCAAGAUGAACAUGGUGAAAAAAAGUUUAGAAAACAUGUAACAAUUAGGAAAAGUCAAUGCAUGGAUAUAAAUGAAUGAUAUAAUGUGACAUUUGUAUCCAUUCAUAUUCUUAAUAAUCCUGUUUGAAACAAAAGCAUAUUUGUCCUAGAACUUUUAUGUAUGAGGUGCUAGGAAUCCUUAGUUUAUACUAUCAAUGUGCAGUGAAGUGAAGUGGCCAUACAAAUGUUCAAGUGAAUAUUUACUAUGUACUUUAAUAUAGUGAAUUAGAAGGAAGUGGAAAGAAGGCAUGGGGAUCUGACAACUACUUUUAUUACAUAUAUGAUUUAGAUUACAUAAUCUCUAACAACUUAUUGUACAUCUAUCAUUUACUUUACAUAUGAUUAUUAACUACAUGUAAUUGCACAUGUUAGAUUGUACCCUUAUGUUAAUCAACUCAUUGUCAUGUAUGAUUGUACCAUGAUCUUGACCAACCUAUUGUAUAUGUAUGAUUGUACCAUGAUCUUGACCAACCUAUUGUAUAUGUAUGAUUGUAUAUUUUGAUUCCUUAACAAGGUAACUGUUUCUAAAAAAUAAUGUGACUAACUAGCUGUGAAAUUCAAUUCUCUUUUAUAAAACAUAGAUUAGUAUAGAAAUUGAAAAUUAGAAAUAUUGAUCUUUUCCAUUUUUGGUGACUAUAGACUGAAUAAUGUAUAUCUUAUCAAUGAUAAAUGUAUGUUUUGAUGCAAAUGUAUUUUGCUCAUAUACUGUAUAUAUGUAUAUAUACUGUCUUUAUGUAUUACUUUACUGUUUACAUUCCCAAAUUAUAUGAUCUUAGAAAAGAUAAUCAUUGUUAUAGAGAUGUAUUUUUUACUUAUAGAACUUUUACUGUUAUAUUUUAAAACACAAUAAGGAAUCUGCUUUUCUAUAGUAUAGUUUUAUAGAUAUUUUACAAAAUAUACAACACAUAUCAUUAAACAGAGAAGAGGUGACUUUUCUUUAUAAUAUACAAAUAUAUAUAUAUGUAUCAGGCCCAUCAAAUGGAGAAUGAGGUUAAAAAUAUUUUUUGUAAACCCUAAGUUUGUAAAAAUGUAUUGCCCUUUAUGUUAUAUGCGAUACAUGUAUACAAUGUAUUAACUUAAUCAACUGGAAAAGAUUGAUAUUUACAAACAAACAAACCCUGUUUAUCAACGGAUGUCAGGCUACCACAUUGACGCCACCAAUCUAAUGUCAGGCUACCACAUUGACACCAGCAAUCUAAAACAUACCUUUGGAACUUACAGGAAUGUGACAUAUAACAAAAGUUUGAAUCUUUCCUAUGGUUGGUACAGAUUAAAUAAAAUAUACUGGAUCAUACAAAACACUGUAGUCCCUUCCCCAUGGUUGGUACUUCAGUGGGGUAUGCAUGAAAGUAUUGGCCAUUGUCUGAAACCAUGAUAACAAUAGAUAUAUGAGAUAUACGAGUUCAAACCCCUGAUUGAGUGAUCCAAAAGAAAUGUCAAAGAGGCUGCCAUUUCACUACUACUGGUCCAAUCUUCUUGAAACUUGAAGCACAUGUUCCUCAAACAGUUGUAUUGAAAAGACAACAUCUUUGAUGCUACUUCUGGAUCACCCUGUAGGUUGGCAGUGUUACCAUAUAUGCUUCAUUACUAGAUAGCACUCACUUACAUAAUUCUUACUUACUUAAUUCUUACAUAGCUUUUUCGGAUGGAUGGAACAUCAGGCUACUGGUUGACAUUGCAACUACCUACAGGCCCAGCAAGAAUAUAGAUGAACCACUAUAGUCUAAAGAUCAACUUCUAGAGCAUGAACAGCAGUGAUAACUGAGUGGUUAUGUUAUAUAAUUUGUCAUCUGAAGUUAUUUUGUCUGACAUGAAUUUGAUCAUGAAUCAGAAGUAUUGUCUCUAGUGUUGCUAUACAUAAUCAGUCUAUUGACAAAAUGAGUGCUGCCUGUUCCUCUAUGGUAUUAGGGUAUUAGUAUAUCAUAUAUGCAGUUUAUGAAGAUUUAUGUAAUACCGCACUGUCUCAAUAAAUAUCUAUUCUCUACGUAGUUGAA